AUGGUUUCAAUUGCAAGCAACAAAGGUUGGACAUUACAUCAACUUGAUGUAAAGUUUACCUUUCUCAAUGGACCACUAGAUGAAGAUGACAUAAUGAUACCUGAGAUAUAUGAGGAAGUAAAUAGGCCCAAUAUGGAGAUUGUGCCUUCUGUGGAUCUUACGGAAGCUUUCACCACUAGCCAAGCUUUUGAAUCCCACAAAGCUCUUGUUAAUUGGGCCAAAGCUGUAGGUAAAGAGCAUGGCUAUGUUAUUAUUAUUCAGAAGUCGGACUAUGGAUCUGACAAAAGGAGGGUCGUGAUGACACUAGGAUGUGAGCAUGGCGGGAAAUAUAAACCAUCAACAUUGGUGUUAAAGCGAAAGCGGACUGGAACUAAGAAGUGUAAUUGUCCAUUCAAGCUAAGGGCAAGGCGUAGUGAUAAAGAUAAAAUGUGGACUGUGCUUGGUCACUCAUAUGUUGGCCGUCUAAAUCCAGAGGAAAAGGCGAUGGUGGGAGAAAUGAUUGAAGAAAGGGUCAAGGCCAGUGAUAGUUUGAUUGCUAUAAGGAAACCCAACCCAACCAACUUGACUAGAAUUAAACAGAUUUACAAUGAGAAGCAAGCAUACAACAGGUCAAAGAGGGGAUCGUUGACCGAGAUGCAACACUUGAUGAAGUUAUUGGAAGAAGACAAAUACGCACAUUGGUCUAGGGUGCAGGAUGGUACUGAUGUGGUCAGAUCUUUGUUUUGGGCACACCCCGAUUCUAUUCACUUGCUCAAUGAGCUUCCUCAUGUUGUGAUUCUGGAUAGUACAUACAAGACCAAUAGGUACAAGAUCCCUUUACUUGAGAUGGUGGGGGUUACGUCGACAAAUUUGACAUACUCCAUUGCUUUUGCGUACAUGGAGAAUGAGCAAAAAAAUGAGGUUGUUUGGGCUGUGAAUAGAUUAAAAGACUUGAUCAGUAAUGAGGACAAUCUGCCGAAGGUCUUUGUUACAGACAAAGACCAAGUUUUGAUGGAAGCAUUGGAAACUGUUUUCCCGCAGCUCGCUGUCUUCUAUGUCAGUUUCAUGUACUUAAGAGUGUAA